UCUUACUCCUGCUUGCCGCUUCAAGAAGGACCGUAGCAACAGUCAACAGAGGGAAAAGGGGAAGGGGAAAAAGAAAGAGACACAAGUCAGCGGCGAUGCUGCUGCUGCUGCCAACGCCGAAUUUGCUAAUCCUGCCAUUCCUCCCCCUCCCCAUCCGCGCUCGCCCUUUCCACACCCGGAAAACCUCCUCGCCGCCAACCAAUAAUUCCCCCAACCCCCGCCCCCGCCGCCGCAGAACCCUAGCCCUCCUCCCUGCCGCCGGGGCACGCACGAUGACUGCCGGGGCGGCGAGCGGCGGCGGCGGCGGCGCCGGCAUCGACCGGGUGCUGUGGACGGAGCCCGAGAUCGCCGCCCGGGUCGCGGAGGUGGCCGGCGAGCUCGGCGCCGACCUCCGCGGGCUGCGGGAGCCCGCCGUCGUCGUCGGCGUCGCCACGGGCGCGUUCCUCUUCCUCGCCGACCUGGUGCGCCGCGUCGGCGCGCCGCUAGCGGUUGAUUUCGUGCGGGUCGAAUCGUACGGCGACGGCACCGAGUCGAGCGGACGGCCGAGGAUCACCUCCGACCUCAAGGUCGACGUGGCCGGGAAGCACGUCGUGGUGGUGGAAGAUAUUGUGGACACUGGGAAUACAGUUUCCUGUCUCAUUGCCCAUUUAGAAAAGAAAGGAGCAUCAUCCAUAUCUGUCUGCACUUUUCUUGACAAACCAGCAAGGAGAACUGCUAAUUUUCAGCUAGUGGGGGAUGGAAAAUUUUAUAGAGGUUUUGAGUGCCCAGAUUAUUUUGUUGUCGGAUAUGGCAUGGAUUAUGGAACUCUACCGCAACCUCCCUUAUAUUGGAGUUCUUAAGGCCGAGAUGUACAAAAAGGACACAAGCAAUUAGACAGGAGGACUUGCAAACAUGUGCAAGAGAUAAAAAGUUAGAAAGGAACACACACAUUCCAGUUUUGAUAUCUCUAGGCAAAUCUUGCUUAAUUUUGUACAAGAAAGAAGCUUAAAGCUUCGCUAGCUUACUUUUUCUCUAUUAAAGCCCAGGAGAAAUUGUCCUGUUUCAAUGGCACUCCGUCACCAAACAUCAACCACGGAAGAAAAAUGUGGUUGUAUAACCAAAGGAAACAUGUUACAUCUUUAAUCUAUAGCCAACGAGAGCUGAUUUGGUUGCAACUCUGCAUCUUUUAGAAUUGUCGUGGUUGUCUCAUCCCCUACUCCCCUGUAACGCCAACAUCAUUCUAGUUUGCUGGUCUGCAUCCUGGUCCUGGUUGUAAGCUUUAGCUUGAGCACGUUUCAUAUUGAUACACCCUGCAGAUAUAAU